UAAGUGGCUACUGAAUCCUCUUGAUUCUCCGCUUCGCGCGACAGCUGAAACCGCCGGUCGCGUUUUUACUGGGCGCUCGGGUGACGUACUCGUUCUCGGGACGAGGAUCGGUCGCGAUUUGAAGCGAAGAAAGGAAGAAAAGAAUGAAGAACGGACAAUGCUCGUGACAGUCUUCGAUUCCGGACAGCGAGGAGCCACAGCUUUGCCGUGGUCCGAAACUAUCACGCCGUCUAGAUGGAAUCGCCUUCGGCCCAGGAUCGUCUUCUCGAGGCCCAAGAGGAUUUCAGCUCGCUAGAAUCACCAGGGACGGUGUCCGCGCCGUCGACGACAGCCGAGUCAACGGCAACGACGGAGACUACGCUGCAGGAAGCUACAGGGACAACGUUGUGCACGAAGAUCGUCAAUGAGGCCGGAUCAACGACCGAUCUUGGGGACAUUUCUCUGUCGGAAUCGAACGGGAACGUCGGUAUUGGUGCUGGUAGCCACACGUCACCAUCAUGCGAGGACACAGCGACGAACAGUUCCUGGGAAAUCGGCGCGGAAGACGUUGAAGCGAUGGGUCUGAAGUUGGGCAAGUGUAGUAGCAAAGGGGCGGAGAAGAAUGACGCGGGCGAGCCAGCCGCGACGGUUGUCGAAGCGGUGAAACCAUCGAACGACGAUGAGCUACCGGCCGAACAACAAGGGGACUGUGUUGAGGCUACGCCGCCGGCGGCUGUUAAGUGUCCGGACCAAGAUGAGGAUCUCAGGGUUUCCGGUGGGGGUGUUGGUGCCAGUGAUGGUGCCGAUGAUGAUACCGAUGGUAACGCCGAUGGUAACGCCGAUGGUGAUGCCGAUGGUGAUGUCGAUGAUAGUGUGCUGGCAAUCGGAUCACCAACGUCUAGGAAGAGGCCGGCCACCGAUUUCCUGCCGAUAAAUGCGGAGAUCAAGCGAAUCGGCGUUGAAGUAGCGGAGAACGAAGGGAACAAUCAGUUGCGCAGCGACGUAAGGAGGAUCUCACCGGUGCUGGUAAGCCUGCGGGAGCGCACUCUCGGCGAGAUAUCGCUCUCUUCGGACUCGUGCCUGUUCGAUGACGACGUGAGCGCCCGCUGCAUGUCGCGUAGUGGUAGGAUUCACGAGAGCCCGUUGUCUACGGCCGGUUGCCGACUGAACGCGAGCUUCGACAGCUCGCCGCAGAUCAGCCGGGACUCGGAGACGAUUGUUACCGGAGAGUCCAGGGUGUAUGGUCUGUCUCCCGCGGACGGUGAUCCCGACAACAAUGUCGAGGACGUGAGCGACUGCACCCGCAAACUGGACUUCGCCGACUCGUUCAUCGACGAGGAUUCGUGUUGCUCGCUGCCCGGAGAGAGUCCCGAGAGGGAUCACCGUCCGUGCCAAGAGAAACAGUGCGAGGAGCCGAUCGAGACCUGUCCGUGCAAGACCGCAUCUGCUGACGCGACGUCGUGCCACGCGGACCAGAUGAAGGGGCCUUAUCCCUAUUUGGUGGUUAUGCUGGAGCGGAUCGAUUAUUCGACCGUCGCGUCCGCCACAGACAGGACGGAGAAGAAGCGGCCAGAUAACAACAACAAGAAGAAACAGAGGAACGCUGGAGAAAGUAAUGUGCCCGAUAUAAAUGUCGAGUCGGACAGUCCGGUGAAUGAGAUGUGCUACGUUCAAAGGUACACACCCCCGAAGAAGAUCGUCCCAAAGACUGACUUGGAACUGGCCAAGAAGCAGUUCACAUCCCCCAUGGUGACGAGGUCGAAGACGCCGACUAUUGAACUUUCCUCGCCGUCUUUGAUCGACAAGAAGUCGUGCCAGGUGCGCUUGGAGAAGCUUGUCUGGCCAAAACUAAUUAGAACAUCAGAAAAAUCGGUUAAGGAUGAAAUCACAGUUGGUUCCGCGAAGAAGAAGGUGACCAAGGAUGAGGAAAUCGCGUCGCCUUCGUUAUUACUGUCCACGGAAAGUCUUCAGCCGUCGAGUAGCAAUCGAAAUUCCAUCGACGCAAGACCCAACUCGCCGGAAGAGCCUUUGGAACCCCCGACCGAUGCCCCGGAAGCUGUUGACACCGAGACCGAAACCGAGACUGGUUCCGACAGCUCCGAGGUGUCCUCUAUGACCAGUGUGCCCCUUCGCGGGUGCGACGACGACGCCGUUUCCGAUCAAGUAUCCUGCCCUGAGAGCGAGUCCAUGUGUUGCGUGGACAUCAACCCAGAGAUCAUCACUAGACUCGAAGCAGAGAGGCCGGAAGCCUUUACGGAGGACUCCGCGGAGAGCCUGGCACUCGCCACUGGUGCACGGGAUGAGGUCCGGUCGGAUGGCAGCGAUUCGGGCCUCGGAAGCGAGAUCCCUGGGGAUCCUGGACCCGCACCAGCCCCGGAGAGUGACUCGGAGACUUCGUUCUUAGAUAGGAUACCUGAUGAUAUUCUCUCCGAUAAAGAGAAGGCCGUGAAUCAACUGGACUCUUUCGUCCCCAACGUCGUCGUACCAGGGACGCCGCAAGCACCGUUGACAACGUUCCCCAGUCCGCCGAAGAGCAAUCUAAAAAGAAGAUUAACAGACUGCAUGGAAGGGGCUCCCAACCCGAAGAGAAGCAAUACCGACGAGCCGAUGAAGAAGAAACGCAACAUUCAUUUCGACGCAGUAACCGUCUACUACUUUCCUAGGGCGCAAGGUUUCACCUGCGUGCCAUCUCAGGGAGGCAGCACUCUUGGUAUGAGCGCGACGCACACGCACGCCGAAAGGUUCUCGUUGUCGGAGCACGCCGCAGAGCAAAGGCGCAUCCAUCGAGCAAGAUUGGCCCAACUACGUUCCGAGCGGGCCGCGAACUGCGUCGUGGAGGCGGCGUCCAGCUCGGAGGAUCCCAGCGACGACACGGACGAGGAGCAGAGCGACAAUGAGGAGCUAGACAUCGACAGCUAUUAUUUUCUCCAGCCGGUGCCCACGUGGCAGCGAAGAGCCUUGCUCAGAGCGGCAGGGGUGCGUAGAAUAGAUGCCGUCGAGAAGGACGAAUGCCGCGACAUCAGAGCCAGCAGAGAGCAUUGUGGCUGCGGGUGUAAAGGGUACUGUGAUCCCGAAAGCUGUCCUUGCAGUCGCGCAAACGUAAAGUGUCAGGUCGACAGAGCCGGCUUCCCUUGUGGAUGCACGCGUGACGGCUGCGCGAACAUUUCGGGUCGGAUCGAGUUCAACCCAGUACGCGUGCGGACGCAUUUCAUUCACACACUGAUGCGGCUCGAGCUGGAGAAAAAGCAACGCGAGGAAGAAGAGGAGGGUACGGAUCACGACGCUUCCGACAAUCAGAAUGGCAGAAGUCCGUUGAGGGAGAUCAAUCUGGGAUCGGUGAUGGAGAAUAGGAACGCUGCGGAGUCAUGUCUGAGCGGUGGCGGUUUCACCACACUUCACUACGAAAAUCACGAUGCUGGUGACGGCGGCACGAGUUGUCAGCCGGAUGUGCCCGGCACCAGAGAGGACAGUUUAGAUUUGUACGCGAUCAGGGACGAUUGUUACCCAAGCGAAGACACUGUCGACGGUACGCAAGGACCCCAAAGAAAAUUACAUCCUGAGUUUAGUCAAGCGUUUCAGACGUUCUCGGGUCAAACUGGUGCCGGGGUGAACUUCCAGCAGCCCGCGUACCAGGACUACCAACCUUACGCUAACCUUCCUUCCACGUCCAGGGUGCAAUUCCAGCCGCACUUUCAAGCGGUACCGGGUAAUUCCGGGUUCUCGCAUUACGCGCCCUACGGGCAAGAUGCUGGCACGAUUCCGGGAAACUGUCAGGUCCAUCCAGGCCAGCAUACGUCUGCCGCGGCUGCAUACGAAGCGACCUUCGCACAGGACGAGACGACCGGCUCGCAAUACACGAACCUGAGCUCAGUGCAGCCGGCCCACAACGCCGUGCAGCAAAUGGGUAAGCUGGAGCCAUUUUCCGAGCUUCUAUCCGGCAGAUACUCGUACUAUGGCGAGAUGGAGCCGCAAGCGCACGGUACUUACCACGCUAACGGGACGAAGGUCGAGGCGGAGAAAGGCCAAGGUAACGAACAGCAAUCCGAGAGCACGGAGGAGUGCGACGAGAAUUUCGGCGAGAUCAUCAAGAAGUCGAUGGUCGAGACUGUGUCCGCUUAAGAUGUCGGAACUCUAGAUACGCACGACUGAACGUUCAGGUCGCGAGCCCAGCACCGCUGUGUGUCGCUUGACUCGCGCGUGAACGGUUUGACGACACGAGACGACGGGACGGAGCUUCGAAUUUCCUCGUCGGAACGUCUCGUAAUGCGGAUGAAUGGGAGAAGGAGUUUUAGGACACGUGGGGGAAAUGCAGAAUUCUUCUUCUCUCAUCUUUCCGCGUGUUAGAUAAAUCUGAGUAUAAAUUGUUUCGGUGGUUUUCGAAAAGAACGGUGAAGAAACGGUUCUGCUCGAGAAUUACCACCACAAUUAAUCGUACACGACGAGUCCCGUGGAUGUCAUUAGGGAAAUUAAUGCGGCUACGUGUGCGUCCGCCCGGGAUGGGAAAAUGCUUCAAGAAAAUGCGUCGUCGUUCUCGUCCCGUUCUAGAGAAAUUGUCGGUCGCUCAGCGAUCGAACCCCGCCACGUCGGGCCGGGAAGGCGACGCACGCUCCUCCAUUAUGCGAACGAGAACAACGUAAAGAGGAGAUCCGGAAGCCGCGAGCACUCUUCCGGUGAAAGAUUCCUCGGGGGCUAGAAAAGAAAAAGGUCUUCGUCGAAAAUCUCCAUUCGAACACAAAGUCUCCUUGGCGACCGGCAAGGAACCGCCGCGACCGAUGUCUACAGACAUGCGAAUUCAACGAGGUUGUGACCAAGAAACAACAUGGGAUCAGCUUAGAUUGCAGUUUAUAAGAGAAACCUUAACUUUAAUACUUUAAUCGUAGGAUCGCGGGUUAUAUCGCGUCACCUUUUUAAAAACGAGAGAAUAUUAUAAAAUGAAGAAAAUGAAAAUGCUGAGAAAAAAAGUGCAUAAAAAGACGUGCGACGCAAUCCCGUGCACGGGACACGUUUUUUCGACGUUUCGCGUGGCGACAACGCUGGCAACGGCGGGGAAACGCGCACGAUGUACUACGUCGACCGAAUUUGCGUUUUGCUUUAUCGAUGCGCACGGAUGAGAUGCUACAUGAUAAUCAACGGUACAUGCGGAAACACAUUUGUAACACGACCACAAGAAAUCUGCGAGCGAUUGUGAUACUUGUGUAUAUGCGACGAAAAAAAACAACAGAGCGCAGUUUUGCCAGUCGAAAAUAGGUUAAGGACAUAAGUUACGGGACUUUUUUUAUGCCGGUGUGCAGGAAUAUCGAGUUCGAAUGGUUUCUGUCUUAUUUUUUUUCAAUCGACGGUCGAUGGUGUACGAUAGGGAAUAGCUUCUUCCUCGUGUUGUAGUUGAAUAUACAGUGACUGCGCAUUGCGGAUACACAAUCACACAGACAGACACAGUCAAAAGUAUACAUGCCGGAAAAAAUUAUACACACACACAAAACCUUAUGCAGUCUUAAAGGAUCAUGGGUUGAAUAGCUUAAGCAGGCAUACGUUGUCUACAGAACUCGUUAUAUUUGAAUCGUUAAUUUUUAUUAUUUGCGUUUUUCCAAAAUACACCAUUUUAUUAUAUGCGUUUCAUUCUUCGAUGAUCGUGUGGCGGCUGACAUAGUAAUUAAUAAUGGAUAGAAAGAUAUAUGCUCAAGGAAGAAAUGGGGCGUUUUGUCCGGGAUCAGCUAGUAGACUGGUCACUAAUACUCAUGUAGCAGAUCCAGCCUUAGACUCGAGGAUGAUACAUACAAGGUGUAGAAUAACAUGUAGUCUAUUUCAAGACUGGAUAAAGGACACAGAAACAAUGGAAACGUUCAUUCGAACAUGUACCCUAUUUACCUUCUUUUAAAGUGGUAGCCAUUUUUGUGUUUCUAUAAUCGGCAACUGUCUACCUUCAUACAAGGUUUACAAAUGGCUACCGUCGGUUUUUAUGCAAGCCUGCGGUCGUCAUACCAAGCAAUUCCGUAAUCUUUCGAAAACUCUAGUUACAUGCCGAUUUUGUUAACACACCUGGCUAUAACUUCAAAACAAGAUCAAUUAGUAUAUAUGUUCGUAUAUAUGUACCUUUUUCAUUGUUCUCGAGUACUUUAUAUACUGUUGAAAUAGGUCCCACGUGUUAUGAUGUAGUUUGGGUAAAAAUAAAUGAAGGAGCAACUAGAACCAGUGAUGACGUUAUAUCGACGUCAUCGUAGCCUCCUAGUAGAGAUCGUAGGAAAUGUCGCCACGAUCGAGAAACAAUUCCAGCGAUUCGUUCAAAUAUUUUGUAUAACAUUUGUCAGGUGUCUUGUACAUUUAUAGAACAAUGUAUUUUAUCAGUGCAAUCAUAACUUCUCAGACAUUGUUCGUCUACAUUUUGAGCAUGUAUUGCAAGGUUCUUGUUUCCGUUGUUUUUAACUUGCAUUAAAUUUUGUUCUGUUUUCCUAUCGUUAACAAAUAAUUCUACAUUUUAGACGAGAAUCGAAUAUCCGGAUCUAUCAGGUGCUCAUGAAACGCGAUCUGGCUACCGAAUUAUAAUUUCUAGCGACGCCAGUUGAUCCCCCCCUCCCCCCAAACAAUCUACGCGAGAGCGAUUUUACAGAUUCAUUGUAUAAAACUAUUUAUUGUUUUCGAUUGUAUACACUUUUAUACAGAGAAGUAUGUAAGUAGAUCUAAUCGAUAACACGUUCACCUGUGGACACGUCGUUGUCGCGGCUCCGUUGAAUCGAUAUCAGCUGUUGACCAUCGCGGGGAGUCAACCCCGCGAA